CUCCUAUUGACUUGAUUCCCUAUUGCCAUCUCGUUGUCAACAACUUCCCUCUCUCUCUCGUCUCUGACACUUUGAAUCAGUGUCUGUUGAAGAAAGAAGGAAUUUCUUUGUUUUAGCACUCACACCAGUCUGGAAAUGGGCAGGCAUUCUUGCUGCUACAAGCAGAAGCUCCGUAAAGGCCUCUGGUCUCCCGAGGAAGAUGAGAAACUCAUCAAACACAUCACCAAAUUCGGCCACGGCUGCUGGAGCUCUGUCCCUAAGCUCGCCGGGCUUCAAAGGUGUGGAAAGAGCUGCAGGCUGAGGUGGAUAAAUUAUUUGAGGCCUGAUUUGAAAAGAGGCACAUUUUCUCAAGAGGAGGAGAAUUUGAUCAUUGAGCUGCAUGCAGUUCUUGGCAACAGGUGGUCACAGAUUGCGGCACAGCUGCCGGGAAGAACAGACAACGAGAUAAAGAAUCUUUGGAAUUCGUCGAUCAAGAAAAAGCUAAGGCAGAGGGGCAUUGACCCGAGCACCCACAAGCCCCUGUCCGAGGCGGACAGCGAGGACAACAAAGCCACCAAAAACAACAACAACAACAACGACAAGACCUCUGAGAACUCCAGCGACCUCACCUUCGCUGACGCCACCGACAAACCCCCCCGCUACCCGCUCCUCGACAACGCCGCCGCCAAUUCCACUCAAGAAUUCUUCCUCAACCGCCUAGUCGCCUCGCACGAGUCCUCCACCGCCACCGCGAAGCCCUCCGACAUGUCAUCAUUCCUCUCCUUCCAGCACCUCAACUACGGUAGCGCCGCCGCCCCCAACAUCGCCCUCGCCACCAGCAUCUUCUCCUCCGAUCAAUUCGGGCCAACCAAUUUGGCGGCGGCGGCGCCUCUCCUCUCCUCAAUUCCCAGCCGCGUCAACAAUUCGGUCACCCCUUUCAGCGUAAAAUUCGAAAACUGGGACGCGAGGGGGAGCGAGUGCGGGUUCUUCGAGAACAACGCAUUCGCGUGGGCGGCGGCGGACAAGUCUUCCGAGAGUGGGAUUAAUAAUCCCGAAGAUAUAAAGUGGUCUGAGUAUAUGCAGACUCCUUUUAACAUUCAAAAUCAGAAUCAGAAUCAGAAUCAGAAUCAGAAUCUCAGCGCACACGAUGUGUACGAGGGGUGGCAGCCGCAGCCGCAGCCGGCUGAGAUAUACAGCAAGCAUUUCCAGGCGUUUGGACAGUAUUCUUAAAAAUUAGUCGCAAAAAGGCUGCUAAUUCUUCUUCUUCUUCUACGACGACAGGUGUGUGCUCUAGAGUUUCUGGUUUUUCAAUCUGUAAAUAGGGACCAUAUAGAGAGAGAAUUUCGAAUUUCUCACCUCCUUUGAUACCGACAUUUUUCGAUUUUAAAAAGGUUACGUUUCUCCUGUUCCAAUUCAAUUGUCUGCCUGCCUCUUUUUUCCAACUUUCUGUAAGAAUUUGUGAUAGCUUUGUAUCUAUUUGCUUCUUCUCCCAUUUUAUGAAUUAGUGUUACUAUUAUUUACUUA